AGAAUACCCCGGCUGGUCACUUUUUGACAUUGACAAGACAGCUGUUGAUCCCCGCCAAUUUGCUAUCCUAAAAAGGAGGAUUGAUGAGGAUGAGGAAGAUUAUGAUGAAGAAGGCUGAGUAGGAAAUUCACCUGUCUAGAAACUCGAGUCUAGCAAAGUCCUAUUGAGAUGGAUUCAAGACUGUUGAAGGCUGCGAGAGAGGGAGAUGUAGCCACAUUGGAUUCAUUACUUGAGGAAGAUCCGUUGAUCCUUGAUAGAGUUGCCUUAUCAGGAAUUGCAGAGACUCCAUUGCAUAUUGCUUCACUUGCUGGAAAAACUGAGUUUGUAAAAGAAAUACUAAGGCUUAAGCCUUCAUUUGCAUGGGAGCUGAACCCAGAUGGGUAUGGUCCUUUACACUUAGCUUCUGCAAAUGGGUAUAUUGAGAUUGUGAAAGAGCUCUUGAAACUUGGCCCCCAACUUUGUCUAAUCAAAGACAAAGCCGGGCGAAAUCCUCUUCAUUUUGCAGCCAUGAAAGGUAGAGUUAAUGUGAUUGCAGAGUUGAUAUCUUGCUGUCAAAAUUGUGUAAAACAAUUGACAACACGGGGAGAGAAUCCUCUUCAUUUGGCUGUAAAGAAUAAACAGUUUGAAGCGGUUAAGACAAUGUUGGAAAAGCUGAAGGAUGAUGAUGAAGAUGAAAUCGGUGAACUGAUAAAUGCCAAGGACAGUGAAGGUAACACCAUCUUGCAGCUGGCUAUGGCUACUGAGCAACUUCAAGUGAUAGAACUGCUGAGAAACGAAAGCCUGGUUGAGCAAGACAUGGAUAUAACAGAGGUGGGUUCAGCUCUAGAACACCAAUUUGUUCAUGGAACUAAGGCCACGACUCAAGGAACACCAACUGCAAAUUCUGAGUCAAAGCAAAACAUUUGGGAAGAGGUUCAGGAAAUGGUGCUAGUUGUAGCCAGUUUGAUAGCAACAGUAACUUACCAAGCUGGGCUCUCACCUCCUCAAACUAUCUGGAAACAAGACAUGAAAAUGGAUUCUAAAUGCAUCUUUCAUCGCCAUCACCAUCCAUUAUCAUAUUCAUGCCCAGAUGUCUCUUACUUUCUCUUCAUGUCUUUUAACUCAGCUGGCUUCUUCGCCUCUGUCUUCCUCAUUUUCUUCUUCAGAAACCCAUCUUCAGUUCAAGUUCUGUUGCCUAUCGCCCUUGCAUCAAUGAUGAUAACUUACAUUACUCUCUCUGUUAAAAUGUCCCCAAGUGGCCUCGCAUUGCUCAUUAUGUACCUCAUCACAAUUGCCAUUUUCAUCUACUGUGUGUUGGCAAUUGAGCUUGUCAAGAAAAUGCUGCACAGCAUGUUUGAUUUUGCAGCUGGAAAAGUUGGUGGCAUGGCAAAAGCACUUGUAAAGAAGAGGAAACCAACUUCAGCUUCUGCCGAUGCCUUGAAAUUAGAUGCUUGAUUCUGAGUUUUGAAGCUAUUAUCUGCUUGUUACUUAAAACAAAUGAUAAAAAGUAAAUUCUGUAGCGUGAGUUUUUGCUGAUAACCAUAUCCCAUUUUGUAAUUGAAAGUUUUUGGUGUGAUUUAAGAGCAAGUUCAAUUCUAA